CGGCGGGCGCUCCGCUCCGGCCCGCCCAGCACCGGAGAGCAGGCGCCGGGCUCGCCACUGCCUCCGUCGCAGAAGAAGGAUGGAGCCAGGCAAGGAGCCCCAGGUGACCACCGGGGGAAAGCCCAGCGAAUCUGAGUCGGCAGUAUCCUUCCAGGCCCGGCUGUGGAAGAACCUGCAGCUGGGGGGUAAGGGCCGGAGCGGCGGCGGGCGGGCAGGAACCGAGCGCCGCACUGCGGAGCCCCCCGCACCGCCGCCGACCAGCGGCAAGGGGGACCUGCCGCCCGGCGCAAAGUGGAGCGGCUUCAAGCGGCGGCGGCAAGUGCUGGACCGCGUCUUUUCGUCCUCCCAACCCAAUCUCUGCUGCUCGGCCGCUGAGCCGCUAGAGCCGGACGGCGAGUCCGGCUCCGCCCUGCGCCGCCUGCGGGAGCACCUGCUUCCCCAGGGCAAGGGGCCGCCACCCGGCCGCCACCCAGUGCCGGUCGCCGGCGAUGAGGGGCAGGCGAGUGGGAAGGAGGGGCGCCGGCCUGGGGCACACCUGUCCCACCAGAAGAGCUCUUCGUUGCCCAGCACCGCUUGCCUGGAGCAGCUGCUGCAGGGCUCGCCCACUGUCGGCAGGAGACAGGAGCAGCGGGCGGAGGACGGCGACGGUGGCGCGAGAACAAAUUUGGUUGGAAUAAGUAAUGCAGAUUUUCCCUCUGGGGACCCUGGAAUGUACCAGUUGGAUGUUACUCUAAGAAGAGGACAAAAUCUAGCUGCCCGGGACCGUGGCGGAACCAGUGAUCCAUAUGUCAAGUUCAAACUUGGAGGAAAAGAAGUAUUUAGAAGUAAAACAGUACACAAGAACCUCAAUCCUGUGUGGGAAGAAAAAGCUUGCAUUCUUAUAGAUAACCUAAGAGAACCAUUGUAUAUAAAGGUAUUUGACUAUGACUUCGGACUUCAAGAUGACUUCAUUGGUUCAGCAUUUUUGGAUCUCACUUCAUUGGAAUUAAACAGGCAGACAGAUGUUACCUUGAGACUGAAGGAUCCUCAUUACCCUGACCAUGAUCUGGGAAGUAUAUUCUUGUCGGUUCUGUUGGCUCCAGGAGAACAGCGAGAACCGACAAUGCUAAUGAGGAAGAGUUGGAAAAGAUCAAGUAAGUUUCAGACCCAGAGCUUACGUCUCUCAGACCUGCACAGAAAGUCUCAGCUAUGGAGAGGGAUAGUUAGUGUUACCUUAAUAGAAGGUCGUGAACUUAAGGCGAUGGAUGCAAAUGGACUAAGUGAUCCGUAUGUGAAGUUCCGAAUGGGGCAUCAGAAGUACAAAAGCAAGAUUGUGCCAAAAACUUUGAAUCCUCAGUGGAGGGAGCAGUUUGACUUUCAUCUCUAUGAAGAACGAGGUGGAAUUAUUGAUAUUACAGUGUGGGACAAAGAUGCUGGCAAAAAGGAUGAUUUUAUUGGCAGGUUGUGUAGCCUUAAGCUAAAAAAAAGGUCAAAAAAGCAGCAUGGAUUAAAGCUGAAGAUAAAUUUAGAAUUUUUUCCAGAAGCUAGGAGGGAAUUUCUACUUACUCGGGUUUUUUGUCCAUUUGAAUGCAGAUGCCAGGUUGACCUGUCGACCCUGAGUAAAGAACAAACCCACAAGUUGGAGAUGCCACUAGAGGAGGGAGAGGGAUACCUGGUGUUGCUGGUCACUCUCACAGCCUCAACUGCAGUCACCAUAUCUGACCUCUCCGUUAACUCCCUGGAGGACCAGAAGGAGCGAGAGGAGAUACUGAAGAGAUAUAGUCCAAUGAUGAUGUUCCAUAACAUCAGCGAUGUGGGAUUUCUUCAGGUGAAGGUCAUCAGGGCAGAGGCAUUGAUGGCAGCUGAUGUCACAGGUAAAAGUGACCCAUUUUGUGUAGUUGAAUUGAACAAUGACAGACUGCUGACACAUACCAUCUACAAGAACCUCAAUCCAGAAUGGAACAAAAUCUUCACAUUUAAUAUAAAAGACAUCCACUCGGUGCUUGAAGUGACAGUUUACGAUGAAGACCGCGAUCGAAGUGCUGACUUUCUAGGCAAAGUUGCUAUACCACUGCUGUCUAUUCAAAAUGGUGAACAGAAAGCCUACGUCUUGAAAAACAAGCAGCUGACAGGGCCAACAAAGGGGGUCAUCUAUCUUGAAAUAGAUGUGAUUUUUAAUGCUGUGAAAGCCAGCAUAAGAACCUUAAUGCCUAAAGAACAGAAGUAUAUUGAAGAGGAAGACAGACUGUCUAAACAGCUACUAUUAAGGAACUUUAUCCGGAUGAAGCAUUGUAUCAUGGCGCUCGUAACUGCCAUCUGCUACAUUAGCAGUUGCUUUGACUGGGAUUCUCCCCCGAGAAGUCUAGCUGCUUUUUUGCUUUUUCUUUUUGUGGUCUGGAACUUUGAGCUCUACAUGAUACCACUGGCUUUGUUGUUGCUGCUGGCAUGGAACUACUUCUUGAUCGUAUCAGGGAAAGAUAAUAGGCAACAUAAUACAGUAGUGGAGGACAUGCUAGAGGACGAGGAAGAAGAGGAUGACAGAGAUGACAAGGAAGGUGAAAAAAAAGGAUUUAUGAAUAGACUUUAUGCCAUCCAGGAGGUGUGUGUCACUGUUCAGAAUAUCCUUGAUGAAAUUGCUUCAUUUGGUGAAAGGAUCAAGAAUACAUUCAACUGGACUGUCCCAUUCCUUAGCUGGCUGGCGAUUGUUGCCCUGUCUGUGUUCACUGUCAUCCUGUAUUUCAUUCCACUGAGAUACAUUGUUCUUGUCUGGGGCAUCAAUAAAUUUACAAAGAAGAUUCGAAAUCCUUAUGCAGUUGAUAACAAUGAGCUACUCGACUUUCUAUCCAGAGUUCCUUCAGAUGUUCAAGUGAUGCAAUACCAUGAACUGAAACAAGAUCUCAGUCACAGCCCGAGCAAGAGGAAGAAAAACAACCCUGCCUAGCCAACUUCAUGUGUUGAGGAGACUAGCAUCUGCCAGGGGAGAAUAAAAGAGCAAGCCUAGGCAGCGUUUCCUUUCCCUAAACUUUUUAUUUAUUUUGCCUUUUUAUCUAGUGAGGAGAUUUUGUAAAUAGUGUAAAAAGGUGUUUCUCAUUGAAGAUAUCUUUCUCACUGUAAAGACAUUUGUUUUAAGUAGGGUUUUUGCCAUUUGAAAGCCUCGUUAGAAACAGCAUAAUGCAUUAAAGGAGUCAAUCUUAAGUGGUAAAUAUGCACUGCUACUUGGUAGUCAAAGAUACACGAAAUACUCAAAUCAUGCUGACUAAACCUACAAAAGGUGUGAAUUUAAAUCUUACUCAAAAAUUUGUCAGUAUCAUCCAGUAAGUCACCGUGACAAUGGUGACAUUACUAUGUUUUAUACAUUUAAUGAGAAAUACAAUGUGGUGGAGCCUACUGCACUUAAGUUUUAGCAGAUUUUUUAGUUCUCAAACCUUGAUGUUAACUUCUGGUGCAACAUUUUCCUGUGCAGGUGGGCUCCUUAUAAGAUAAUGAGAAACACCAAGUGCAAAUGUCUUUCUGGAGCUCCCAAAAGCAGUUCCUGAUGUCUUUAUCAUUCCAUUGUAAGAUUUAAAAAUCUCCAUCUCUCUCAGAAUACUGCCAGGUUUGUAACUGAUUGCCUGUCUGACUUUUCUGUCUGUACCAGUAAUCUUCAUUUGUACUACAUAGUUUAGUGAAUAAAGUCUAUAGUUUUACUGUAAUGGAAAUAGUAUAAAACUAACUCCAUAUUGCUUUUGGUGUCAUGCUAUGAACACUUUUUGUGCACAUAACUAUUUUAAUAUGGAAAUGUUGCAAAAAAUGGUUUUUUUUUUCAAAUCACAAGAUCGUAUUAAUAUGCUUUACCAAGCUGAAAUAUAGCAUAGAGGAAAAAAAUGCAGUUGUGGUAAAACUGUUUUAUUUUCUUAGCUAUUAAUGUCAGUUCUUCUGAUACAAUCUUUAUCUACUGCAUGGAAACUGCAUUAUCUUAUAAAUUACAUGGAACAUAAAUGAGAAACGUUUACAUUUCAAAUGUUUUAGUGGCCACUGCAUAAUGAGUACUUGGGGAUAUAUUUUGGUAGCUGCAUGCAGACUACGUAGUGAGCAGAGACUCAUUCCUGAGGGACUACCUGUACACAGCUCCUCAUCGUAGCUCCCGGUGACAUUAAAGGGGAUUUUUGCCCAGGGGAGAGCGGCAGGACUACAUCCUCAAGGAGAGCUGUGGUCCUUUCUGGAUUACCUGUCAUUGGUUGCAAUUGCAGAUAAAGUUAUAUUGCACUACUCUAACAAUACUUUUUGAAAAGACUAUUUAGAAAUACUUUGCAAGCACAUGUUUAUAUAUAUUUGUCUAAAGGAUUAUAUGUUAGCUGCAUUGCUCAUGAAAGUUCAUCCUGGAUUUGUUUAUUUUGCAGAUAAGAUGAUAGCCAAGUUCUGAUGUGACAGUAAUUUUGUUAUUUCUGUUUGUAUAUUUGAAAGAAUGCCAGUCAAAUGACUGUUCUGCAGAAAGUCUUGUCCUUGUUACAUCACGACUUUAAAAGAGUUCUGGCUGUGUGAUGCCUGAAGACCAACAUACUACUGAUGAAAUGAGAAUCACUGAUUAGCUUAUUUUGUUUUAAAAAAGCCAAAUUUUUGACUCAGCAAUUAUGUGAAUGUUUGUUGCCUGUUGUCGGUUUCACACAGUUCUUUAAUACACUGCAAGCCUUGUACCUUCUUAAUGUUGCCCACCUGUCUGCGUGUGAUUUCCUGUUGUCUUUUUUUUUCUGUACCCAAUUUCAAAUGUCUACUUCGAUGGUAAUGUACGAGUUAGCUAUGCACAUUUCCUGCAUUAAACACACCUUUAACUUCACUCUUUUCUAUUAUGAAGCCUCUGUCUUUGAAAUCCUAUGCUAUCAUUUUUCCCUGAGUGGUGUGACAUGGAAGUGUCAAGGAAAGCAUCAUAUUUCUGUGUGCAGCAUUUCAGUAUUUUAAGCUCCAUAAUGUGCAGGUGGAGGGGGGCAGGGAGAGAAAGACAUCUGUUUGUUGAAGAUUGGUCAAUUCCUCUUAAAUGCCUCAGUCAGUUGAAAUUGAUCUCACUGAAAAUAUAACGCACAGAGGCAAGGCUAAGAAUGCAUGUGUGUUAAAUACAAUUCUCCUGCCACAGCAAGACAAUUUAAAAUCACAAUUUAAAAUAGUUUGUGAGUGAACCCGUUUUCACUAUUUGUAGUUUCUCUACUCUGCUUUUUGUGGGUGGCCUCUGUAGUGAACCAGUCCCACUUUAUGCCAUAAAUAUUUUAACAUACCUUCCUUUUCCAGAUUGGUUCUGAAGUCCAUUUCUAACCUGUUAGAUUUACCAGGCUUUAUUCUGAAAGCAACUUGUCUGUUCUAAAUAAUAAUGAAAUAAUAAGGCAUCGCACAAUCAUGAAACUCUUUCAGAAAAUAAAAUUUAAUGACUUUAUUUGGGUCCGUGGAAAAUUAUUAGCUUAAUUGGGGUACACACUUAUAGUAGGUGUCCAAGCAUUCAGGAUCCACCAAGGUUGAUUGUCUGAGAGGCUUUAGUUACAGUUCCGAUGGUAAUUCAUAGUACAGAGGUUACUUACCCUGUUUUUACAGUUGUUUCUCGUUGUAGUGAGGAAUGCCUAAUAGCAAUGAGCUUUAACUGGGAGAGCUGUGUACUGUGACAGUAUUUUAAAUCCAAGUGCAGUAAACCCCAAGAUGUUUUUCUAUUGCAAUUAAACCAGCGGUGGAAUAAUGAAAAAGCAAUUAAGCAACCUGCAUACAGUCUAUCAACUAAUGUGGUCCCUGAGACCAUAAGCUCUACCGACAAGAGGAAGAGCUGCUGGCCCCUCCUGCCUUUUCUCUACCUUGGCCUGCAUUCUCUAGGCGACCAAACUUGUCUUCUCCAUUUCCUGGUCACCACUAUACUAUCAAUUAAACCUUAACUGGAAACUGUUUGCUUUGUCA